GCGCAGGUGCACCUGGUGGACCAGCACGCCAAGAAGGAGUUCCACGUGCUGCAGAAGGACUUCAAGGUGACGGCCAUCAGCGGGGACAGCAGCCUCAAGUGCUUCUUCGCCUGCAUGGUGAAGCAGAGCGACGUCGUCAUCUGCACGGCCCAGAUCCUGCAGAACGCGCUGGUCAGCGGGGAGGAGGACACGCACGUGGAGCUGACGGAUUUCUCGCUGCUGGUGAUAGACGAGUGCCACCACACGCACAAGGAAGCCGUCUACAACAAAAUCAUGCUGAAUUACCUCCAGCGCAAGCUCAGCGGGCAGCAGGACCUGCCGCAAGUCCUGGGCCUGACAGCAUCCCCUGGCACCGGGGGGGCAACCUCCUUUGAGGGGGCCGUAGAGCACAUCCUGCAGAUCUGUGCCAACCUGGACGUCGAGAAAAUCAUGUCGGCGCAGGAGGAGGCGCAGCACCUGCAGAGCCACGUCCCCCAGCCCAGGAAGCAGUACGACCUGUGCCAGGAGAGAGCGCAGGACCCCUUUGGCGAGCAGCUGAAGAAGAUGAUGGAGCAGAUCCAGCAGCACGCGGAGAUGCCCAGCCUGCCGCAGGACUUUGGCACGCAGCUUUAUGAGCAGCGCAUCGUGGAGCUGGAGAAGAGAGCGGCAGAGACGUUUUGUCGCAAGACGCGGGUGUGCGCGCUGCACCUGCGCAAGUACAACGACGCUUUGCUGAUCAACGACACGGUGCGGAUGAUCGACGCCUUCCAGUGCCUCCAGCAGUUCUACAGCACAGAGAGGGACAUGAAGGACCCCACCGAAUGGUUCCUCACUGCCGUGUUUGAGGAGAACAGGACGAAGCUGCAGGCGCUCGCUGGGGACCGGUGUUACGAGAACCCCAGGCUGGGCAAGCUGGAGGAGAUCCUGCAGGAGCACUUCCAGCCCCUGGGCACCUCUCGGGGCAUCGUCUUCACCAAGACCCGGCAGAGCGCCCACAGCCUGCUCGGCUGGCUGCAGGACACAGCCGCGCUCUGCGGGCAGCACAUCAGGGCUGCCGUCCUCACCGGCGCCGGCUACAGCAACCAGACCAGGCACAUGACGCAGAACGAGCAGCAGGACGUGAUCAAGCUGUUCCGUGAGGGAGCCCUCAACCUGCUCUUCUCCACCAGUGUGGCCGAGGAGGGCUUGGAUAUCCCCGAGUGCAACAUCGUGGUCCGCUACGGGCUGAUGACCAACGAGAUCGCCAUGAUGCAGGCCCGGGGCCGUGCCCGUGCCGAAAACAGCGUCUACUCCGUCCUUGCCAAAGCCAACAGCAGAGAGGUCUCUCGCGAGCUGCUCAACGAGGACCUCGUGGAGCUCAUGGAGAGGGCGAUCCGAGCGGUGCAGGCCAUGCCCGAGCAGGAGUACCGCCUCAAGAUCGCGGAGCUGCAGCGAGGUGCUGUUGCCAGCUGGCUGAUGAAGGAGGCCAGGAUCAGCGAGAGGCGGCAGCUGCACGACCCGGACGCCGUUUACCUCUACUGCGUCAACUGCAACACAGCGGUGUGCCGCGGCAGCGACAUCCGCACGGUGGAGGGCAUGCACCAUGUCAACGUCAACCCCACCUUCGGAUUGUAUUAUAGAGUUUCCUCUGGGAAAAUAGAGUUCCAGCGGACUUUCAAGGACUGGGAGCCCGGCUGCCGCAUCGCGUGCAGCGAGUGCAGCCAGGACUGGGGAAUGGAGAUGAUCUACCGGCAGGUGAAGCUGCCCAUCCUCUGCAUCAAAAACUUUGUCGUGGAGACGCCAGCGGAGAAAAGGAGGUACAAGAAGUGGAGCGCUGUGACGUUCACCGUCAAGGAGUUUGACUACUCAGAGUACUGCUCCAGCACCCACGGCCAGUUCUUCUAG